UUUUCAACAUGAGCUCGAAUCAGGAAUCUCUGACCACCACAGGCGCUGCUGCACAACAGAGGAGAUCGGGCGAGACUGGUCGUCUAAGUUCUGCUAGUCGGCCCUCGGAAGUGGUGGACACUCGUAUGAAUCAACAAGACCUUGGGGGCUUCCUUGAUGAUGACGAUACCUCCUUUGCCGACAUGGUCAACAGCAGCCCAGUGUCUGCUCCGAACGAGGCUCCACGAGAUGACAAACAGGGAGCUACGGCUGCUGUCAAUGAUGUAGACUCACAGGAAGAUGAGGAUGAUGAUGGCCCUGAUCUGUAUACCCAACUGCAAGAGGCCAUUCCUGUGGACAAGAUAAACUCUGGUCUGCAUCAAGCGGGGGAUAUGCUGUAUGCUGCAUUCAAUAAGGCUAAAGAGAUUGGAUCAGAGAACAUCCAACAAGUCCAGGAGUCGGAGACCUAUAAUAAUCUGAGGACCAGUGCCACACAGAAUUUAGAGCAGUUACAGCAGAGUGAAUUCGGACACCAGGCUGCACUGGCAGCUGAUUCCGCCAAGGCAAGAGCUGCAGAGAUGAAGGAAGAAUGGUCUCCUACCUUCCAACAGGCUAGAGACAGUGCAUUCUCUUGGAUGUCUUCUGCCGCUAAGGGCGCAUCCUCGGCAGCCAUAUGGUUCCAAUCCAUGGGUACUAGCGGAGCUGAUGGGGAUGAUUCUGACGAGGACCCUUCAGCGGCUGUCCCAAAGCGUCAAGAAGGCGGCGACAGCAUGGGUGAAGCUGGUCCUCAGAAGAAGGACUGAAUACUCCAUCAUAUUACAUCAUUCAUUACAGAGCAAUCACUUUUUAUAAAUGGCGUAUACACGAUUAUUUCCUAGA